AUUUCUUACUAUGGAAGAAGACAAGGAGAACAAGAGUCAUUCCAGGAACCUGACUCGCAGUGGAAUGUCGCUUCAUUCGCAUACUGCGAAUGAGGUAGAGUCAAGAAAGUUAGGGCACAAGCCACAUCUUUUUGAGCUUGACUCACAGCAACUAGAGUCUAGAGGAGGCACUUCUUUUGAUUCCAUUCAUUUCACUGAUAAAGAACUCGAGAUUCAGAAGCUUAAGGAAUUGGAACCUGAAGCAUGGAGGAAUAUCCCAAAAGUUGUCAAAGAGGCCUUUAAUAUCAUAAUUACUAAUCUUUGUUUCACAGAAACUGCAAUGGUCAAAAUUCAAGAUCAAGUUCAUACAAAAAUCGACAUGAGAAUAAAAUCUCAAGACCAAAAAUUAAAAAAACUUACAAAAGAAAUCACUGAGACUGAGACUAAGCUGGGGAAUUUGAUAUAUGAUGUGAAGAAGGAAGUGGAGGAAGAGGUCAAGGACAAUGCGAAGAACUUGGAGAAGAUUAAGGUUAAGUAUCAAAAUAACACGGAGCUUCUAACUUCGAAAGUAAGCAGGAUGGAAGAAGCUGAUUCGUUAAAAGCAUGGGUUGAAAGCCAAGACAAGAAGCUGAACAUAAAACUGUCUGAAAUAAUUAAUGAGAAGACAGACCAAAUUCAGGCUCAGAUGCAAGCAAAGAUUGACCAUCUUACAUCAGAGCUUGCUAUAUCAAGGGAAAAUAAUAAAAUUGAAGCUAAUAAAGUUAACGAAACAACAGCUGAGAUUGACCAAAUGAAGAAGAAUUUUGAGAAAUUAGAAACACUUUAUGAAAAGCAAGUUAAAAAUAAUACCCAGAAGUUUAAGGCUUUAGAAGAAACUACUAACGAAGAAUUUCUCCAGAAGCUAAUCCUUCUGGAAGAGUCCUUCAAAGAGGCUCAAGAAAAAGACAGUGAAGGCCUCAAGCUAGCUGAAAGACAGCUUCAAUUCAGACUAGAAUCAUUCACUAAGGAACAAGGUAUGAAGCUGAACGAUCUGCAGGAGAAGAUAUUCCCAACUAUAGAGAGUAAAAUUAACAAUCAUGAUAAAAUACUGCAACAAACAGAGCAUAUUUCGAAUAAUCUUCAAAGUCUAAUAUCUGAAAGACUCAAAGAGGUUGAGGUCAAACUUCAAGAGCUUCAGACAGGUGCAUCCUACACAGCUAGACAUAACCAGAAGUUCGAACAGAUCGACUCGAAAUUCCAAGAUCUUAAUAGUGAAGUCAACCAAAAGAUUGAGAGUGUAAACUCUGUUGUUGAUAAUGUUCGAAAAGAAGUCAUCAAAAUUGACCAGCAACGGAGGAGUACUGAAGAACAGAAUCCUGCUUUUGUAGAAGGUCUCGCUGCUGGAUCUAAUAGAUAUCAAGGAGCAUACGGAGCUCAAGAUCCACAUAGCACAAAGACAAUUUCGCAGCUGAGAGAUAUGAAAAAUUAUCUUGAAUACAAUAAAGAGUAUAAUCAGAGCAUUGAGCGUAAAAGAGUUGAGAGAAAAUCAAAAGCAGAACUAGACAGUCUAGUAAUAGUUAAAGAAAGAACAAAAAUCAGAAAUAAGAGCAGCAAGAGCGCUGAGAAGUACUCAAAUCUCCCUCAAGUACAUAAACUUAAGAACUUAAAACUCUUCAAGCGGAAUGAUAUGAACCAAACAAUGUUUAGCAAUGCCAGUGUAAGGGCUAGAGAUAGUCUUAAGGUCAAGAGAGGAGAUAUGACCCACAAAGGCAGAGCUUUAAGAAACUCUCUGAAAAAGAUUACUCCUAAAAACCUAGCUUCUGCAGUAGAGUUCACCAGCUUGAAAGCUAUUGAAAGAAAUAAUUAUAACUAA